AUGGCACGAGCCCCACCCUCACCUCUGACCCCUAGCAACAUCCCACGGAACCUAAGCUACAUCGCGGGCCUGUAUGAGCGAGCCUACUACCGGACCGCCCGGCCGAGCCUGGCCGAAGACUCGGGCACCGAGGGCUCGGAAUCGGAGUCGGAAAGCAGGCCCCGGAGCAGGACCCGGAGACGCCGCCACCUCUUUGGAGGCCCGAGGAGGAGGGGAAGGCGCCGGACCCGCUCCGCCCCGGCCAGGGGCAGGGGCCAUGGGGCCUCACGCAGCCGCAGCCCCGGGACACGCAAAAGGGUCCGCUUUGCCGACUCUCUGGGCCUGGAGCUCACCAGCGUCCGGCAGUUCUGGCCCAAUGACCUGCCACAGGUGCCGGAGCGGGUCCAUGCCCAGCUGAGGCGCGAUUCCCUCAGCCAUUUUGCCCCUUGCCUGCCUUUUUGCCCGCCUGUGACGGAUACUCUGAAUCUAUGGUGCCCGCUGGAACCCACUUUCCCAGACCCGCUCUCGAUGCCCGAUUUCUUGCCACGCCUCUUGGCACAGUGCAUCCUGCUGGAGGGCGCCCGGGCCGAGGGCUCGUGCAUCUCCGGAACCAUUCGGGUGCUCAACUUGGCCUACGAGAAGCGGGUCUCUGUGCGGUACACCUGGGACUCCUGGGCCACUCAGCGUGAAGCUCGGGCUUCCUACGCCGCCCCUGCAGGGCGGGACCGGGACCACGCCGACCGCUUUGCCUUCCGCCUGCCACUGCCAGUCCCGUUGCCCCCGGGGGUCAGCCUAGAGUUUGCUCUCUGCUACCUUGUGGGCGGGAAGGAAUUUUGGGACAACAACCAAGGCCGCAACUAUUGCCUGAGACCCCCGCCCUCCGUGGAAGAGGAAGAUGAGCCCCCCAGCCCCACUCGCGAUUGCUGCGAGACAGGAUGGAUACAUUUCAUAUAG